UUAGGUUCAACAAGCCGCGUUUGAUGAUUUACUUUAUGAAGUUGAUGUAAUGUGGAACGUAGCAAUGCGAUACGACGAACCUAAAGAAAGUCCUACUCAUCGACGAUCAAGUGUUCCAGCUAUUGAAUUUGCGUCACCAAUACUUCCAGGGACUCCAGCUGGUGACGAAGAAGAGCAAGCCGUUGCUGGGAGAUUAGAAAUAAGGGUUGUUGAUUCUACUGGAGGAGCUACAGUUGUACAAACAACCGCAGACAAGGAACCACUACAAAAAAAAUUAACGAAUGGCACAGCGGGUAGCCCAGCUAGUCCAAACCCGGGACCUGACGAGCCAUCGAUAUAUUACGACGCGACAGAAAGUCGCGUGAAUACAAGUAAUACAUCCGCAAAUAAACCAGUCACAGCACCGAUAGCACCAAAUUCCAAUCCUGUGACACCUCGUGAACCCAAAGACAAUAAAGACCGCGAUAAUUCAAGGCCACACAGCGCUUACAGUAAAAUACCCGUACCCGUUAAAAGUCCACGCUGCUCUUUAUCUGAAUCGACACCCGAUGCAAAUACUCCCAAUACUAAAACUGGUACAGGCAGUGAACUCGAAAAAUCACCUACCACAUCAACUCAAUUAAAGGAUAAAGAGUCUGCAACCAAAGGCAAACUGAUCACAGUACAUACAAUGGAGACACCUCAGCUACGAAGAUGUGCAACAUUACCUGAUGCCAGACCUAAUCCAGUGCCGCCUUUGAUGUCUACCAGUUCAACGGAGGAUGAAAAUUUAACUGGAUGUACGCCGGCAUUGAGACGACGCCGACAAAGUGAAAAAUAUGUUACUCAUGCAAGUCAACUUAAUCUACGAUUCCAGAGACCGCAGCGACGAAGACCCAGUUCUGAGGUCUUAUCUAAAUUCUACCCACGAGGUGUGCCCUCGUACCUACUCGAAGCAGGUAAAAGAAACGAGGAAAGCAGUGACAAUGACUCUGACAGCAGUGGCCCACCAAACACACAACCACCACCUCCGCCUUCAUCACUACCGCCUCAUGUGGCUGAAAAUAAUGCUAGGUAUGGCCGUUAUCAUCAAACAAUUUUCAAUAGCACGGACUUCUACUAUUGGUUACCCCUCCAGACUUUCAUGGAAUUUUUAGCCCUCCCCCCUUCAAUUACCAUUUUAUUUUUUCUUGUUUUAUACUACCUCAGUAUGAUUUCUUAUUACCAUUUACUUUGUAAUAUCCUAAACGUUUCUGUCAGUUUUUCAGUUUUGCAGAUAGACUGA